UAAAGGUGAAGCACUGCCUAGGGACGCCAUCCAUAAUCGUUUCCUUAAAGGAGAGUGCCCUUGGUGUGAGGUGCGUUAGUGCCGCUGCAAUCAGUGCUUUCUCUUCUCGUUCUGUCAGCUUUCCAUUGUCGGAUAACAGAUAGAGCGAGAGCAAGAGAAAGGGAGUUCGGUGUGUCUGGCUGUGAGCUAGAAAAGCGAACGGAACCAGCCUCAUUUGGAAGCGGCCACAAUCCGUACCGCACACAAUGGCGCAAAGGUUGCUGAAGGAAGGAAGGAUUUUCCCGUUCCGUGGAGCUGGAACGGUACGCUUCUUGCUGCUGUUACUGCUGCUCGUCUAUCGAGCAUUGUCGCCAGCGGAAGGGAAAGCGACGGUCGAGCAAAUGAUGAAAUCGGGUGAAAUGAUUCGGUCCGUGUGCCUGGGCAAGACGAAAGUUUCGGUCGAACUGGUCGAUGGAUUGCGCGAGUCCAAGUUUGCCGACGUUAAGGAGCUUAAGUGCUACGUGAAUUGCGUGAUGGAAAUGAUGCAAACGAUGCGCAAAGGAAAACUCAACUACGAUGCAUCCAUCAAGCAAAUCGAUACGAUCAUGCCGGAUGAGCUGGCGGGUCCGAUGCGUGCCGCUCUGGACAUUUGCCGUACAGUGGCCGAUGGUAUCAAGAACAACUGUGACGCCGCGUAUGCCGUACUGCAGUGUCUAUCGAAGAACAAUCCGAAAUUCAUAUUUCCCUAACUGCAACCACCACAACCAGUUUUUCCUGGGAAAAUUUAUGGUCAUAUA